AUGGCAGGUAAGUUGGCCUUGGGGGAAAUUGCAGGCUUCAGUCAGGCCAAGCUGAAGAAAACCAAGACUCAUGAACCGGAUAACCUGCCAACCAAAGAGAAUAUUAAACAAGAAAAGAGGACUGAAAUUUCCUAG